AUGCCACUACUGGAAGCAAUCAUCUUUUCUUCUUUCUGGGCUUUUGGCCUUGGGCAGUUAAAGUUGGAGCAACCUGAAAUAUUAAUUUCCGGAGCAAGAGAUAAGAGUGUCCACAUAUCUUGUAAGGUGUACACACAAGACUUUAUUGAAAAAUCCAUACACUGGUACCGGUACAAACCAGAUCAAGGUUUAGAAUAUCUAAAAUAUGUUCCUUCAACAACCCCUAUUCAAGGUCACUUAGGUGGGAAGAAAAACAAACUUGUGGCAAGUAAAGAUUCUCGCACUUCCACUUCAACCUUGAAAAUAAAUUUCUUAGAGGAAAAUGAUGAGGCUGUGUACUACUGUGCCUGAUGGAUCAAGAUAUUUGCCGAAGGAACUAAACUCAUAGUAACUCCUCCUGAUAGAAGGCUUAAUUCAGACAUCUCUCCCAAGCCCACUAUUUUUCUUCCUUCAAUUGCUGAAAUAAACCUACAUAAGGCUGGAACGUAUCUUUGUCUUCUUGAGAAAUUUUUCCCUGAUGUUAUUAAGGUAUCUUGGAAGGAAAAGGACAGCAAUACAAUUCUGGAAUCCCAGCAGGGAGAUACCAUCAAGAUUAAUGACACAUACAUGAAGUUCAGCUGGCUGACCGUGACUGCAAAGUCAAUGAAUAAAGACCACAAGUGUAUCGUCAAACAUGAGAAUAAUAAAAGAGGAGUUGAUCAAGAGAUUCUUUUUCCUUCAAUAAUGAAUAAAGAACACACAAAAGAAGCUUGUCUGAAAGACGAAAGUGAUAUGCUGCAGCUGCAGUUCACCAACACUUCUGCCUACUACACUUACCUCCUCCUCCUACUCAAGAGCAUGAUCUACUUUGCCAUCAUCGCCUUCUGCCUGUUUAGGAGAACAGCAGUCUGUGGCAACGGAAAGAGUUCAUAACAGAUGGUGGAACAAAGCGGUCAACUUUUCUUCAUUUAUUGUCCCUGAGAUGUCUGCUGUGGAUCUAGCUAGAAUUUCUUUCUGGGUUUAGGUUAUUUCAGUUCACAUGUGCAUUUUUUUUAUUAUGUCAUUAUUGCACAACAGUUUUUCAAACUGCUGAGCAACCAGAAAAUUUCAAUCUGUAACAGUAACAAAUUCUGCCAUUUCUCAGGGGCAGGGCCAAGGAGUAGCCUUUAGCACCAUUCUCUUCAUAAUCUCUAUUAGCUCCUCCAGCCAAGUAAUCAUGACUUCUGAGCACAGACAGCAUGCAGCUUCUAGUCAUGGUCCUUGGUACUCUUUAACCAGAUAGCUGCCUUGAAGCUUUCCAUUUUACACACCCUGAAGCCGCCAUCUUUGCUACUUGAAUUCUGUACUUUUUUUUUACAUAAUAGGAACAAUAAAUUUAAAAAAUCAAAAGUCUACUCUGUCUAUGUAUUUUAAUUUGAUAAAUCUAAUUGAAAGUCCAAGGUAAGAAAAGGCAUGACAACUAAGCUAUCAAAUUCAGGGGCGUUUGUAAUAACAGUCAAUUCUACAUUUCUAUUUCUUUCCCUGAGACAGUGGUCAUGAUGUUUUCUUUGGGUCAGUGGCUCCAAGAGGAACCAGAACCAAAUGAUAGUGCCCAGGUUACUUCUUUUUCAAAGGUCACCAGAGUAAGACUCAUUUGGUUUGAGACAUUCCGAUGGUGACAUUAUAACAUCUAUCAUGAUUUGCACCGUGUGUGCUCAGAUCUCUAUUAGUGUCUCAGAAGCAUCAAAGCUUACUGAUCCUCAUGAUAACCCCAUGUGGACUGCACUGACACUGGAGAGGCAGUUUGGUGGAGGGGUUAAACACUUUGACUCUAAACCCUAAGUGCCUGAAUUUGGAUCUAGUAUUGGUAUCUGUGUGACCUCAGGCAAGCUAUGAGAACACUCUGUGCCGCAAUCUUCUCAUUUGCAAAUAAAGUUACAGUGCUCAGUCUCCUGGAAUUGUGUGGAUUAGAUGAGUUAAUAACAUUUGGCACAUUUAAAUCCUCAAUAGCAUUAGCAGCUGUUAGUAGCUCUUUAGAAAUAGGAGAUACUCCCCAUCCCCACACACAUACAACCCCUGACAAACAUCUCUGAUCUUAUUUCCCUGCAGAGAGUUUAGAU